CCAUCGACGAUAUUUAUCAGUUACUAUGACUACCUAGUUACCACAUAUUAAACAACAAGAAGGUAGCUGUGUUUUUAGACUACCUGAGCACUUAGCUAACGAAGUAUUUAUGGAAGGCUCCCUAAUGAUGGACACACAAUAUGAUCUGACACCUGCUAAGAAAGUUUACUUGUACACAAAUGGAGUGACUAACAAGCAGCCCAAGUGCAUGGUGGUCAACGACAGGCAGAUAAGAGACUUCAGCACGUUUCUUAGCAUUGCCACAAGUGGUCUGAGAGCUCCUGUGGCUAUAAGGAACAUUUACACUCCGGCUGGUGGUCAUAAAGUGAAUAGGUUGGACGAUUUGGAGACUGGUCGAUACUAUGUGGCAGGUGGCUCUGAGCAUUUCAAAAAAGUCAAGUAUGGAAGCGAAACAAAGAGAUUGCUAGCUCGAAGACAGCAAAGAGAGUUCCUGACCUUGCCUACUAGAAGUACAGCUAGUGUUGUGGUUGCAUCCGCUAGGUACAGAAAACCCAUCGAGAAACCAUAUGUGAUCCAUGUGUUUCGGAAUGGUGAUGAGAGAUAUCGUGGAGCACGGGUUCUCAUUCCACGGCAAAUGAUGGGAUCAUGGGAAUACGUUCUGGAACUAGUCACAGAGAAAAGCCGUCUAAUCACACCAGCAAAACGCCUCUGUACACUGGAUGGACAAGUACUGCAUGCUGUCAGCGAGCUACAAGAUGGAGGAAAAUAUGUUGCUCUAAUAGGGACCAAGUCAUUCCAAAAAGUGUCAUAUUCUGCCCUAGAAGAGAAAAAGUCACUCUUCAAAGUAGCAGUAACUGUCCCUCGGACCAUGCAUAGACUGAAGAAGAGAUUCCCCCCUCGUCCAAGAGCAGCCAAGCGGAACCAGGAGGUGGAAAUAGUCAAACUGCCACCCAUUGAUACAAAGCACAAGAAUUUUGAGAGAAGAAAAAGCAGACCAUUUGGAGGUCGUAAGAAUAAAGAAGGAAGAGAGAAGGGCAUUGAAGACCACAGAGCUGACUCUGUGUUUGGUGGGAGCCUAGAUAGACCCACUUAUCCGUUAGAACCCCGAGAUCCUGUUAUAAGCAGCCGUGUCUUCACUCAUAAUGUAUUGGUUACUGAAGACAACAGGAACAGCCCUGUCUCUACUCGUAAAGUAUUGGCUACUCAUGACAACCAGAGCAGCUCUGUCUCUACUCGUAAAGUAUUGGCUACUCAUGACAACCAGAGCAGCUCUGUCUCUACUCGUAAAGUAUUGGCUACUCAUGACAACCAGAGCAGCUCUGUCUCUACUCAUGAAGUUUUGGUAACUCAAGGCAACAAGGAAUCCUCAGAAACCACCUUCCACCAAACAACCAAGACACUAGACUCCGCUGUAGUAUUGCCUCCCGACACACAUGAGGUAAAAGCAACAUCGAUUCCAGCCGCACAAGAGACUGUGGAUGCACCCGUUGAAGACGAAGUGAUGGAAGAUUUGGACACCUCAAUGCCUGUGGAAGAAGCACUGAACCAGCCCACUAUGGAAGAGAGAAGUAAUAACCCUCUUGAUGAGGCUGGAGAUGUGGAGGAAGUACUUGAGGAAGCUGGGGACCCAGGAGAGGGGGACAAGACCAUCACCCGAGAACUUACACAUGUGGUGACUCAAAAUACUGAUGAGGGACUGCACUAUGGGAAAGCCAACAAACAGGAACUCAAAGAGCUCGAGUCCCAACCUCUGCAAAAUGCAGUUGAUCUUUCUCUACAAAGAAACAAGAUGCAGUCCACGUUUGAACCAGCUGGUAGCACUGAAAACUCAAGCUCUGUGCAGGUUGUUACAAAUGAUCAAGUCAGCAGUGUCUCACUAUCUAAGAGAAGCAGCAGUGCAAAGUCGAAACACACUAGCACUAGAUCUUCAGCCACAAAAAGCAGAUCACAAUCUGUAAACAAAUUGAAUCCAAGUCAAACACAAGUGUUAAGCGGGCUCGGUACUGGAAGCGAAUCAAGCAUUGCAAAGUCGAAACACACUAGCAGACAAUCUUCAACCACAAAAAGCAGAUCACAAUCUGUAAAUCCAAGUCAAACACAAGUGUUAAGCGGGCUCGGUACUGAAAGCGGAUCGAGCAUUGCAAAGUCGAAACACACUAGCAGACAAUCUUCAGCCACAAAAAGCAGAUCACAAUCUGUAAACAAAUUGAAUCCAAGUCAAACGCAAGGUUUAAGCGGGCCCAAUACUGGAAGUGAAUCGGCAAGCACAGUUACUACUACUACUACUACCUACCACUACUACAUACCUGCUGAGGGUGGUCCCCCGGUGAUUGUCGAUCAAGAGGAAGCUACAGUUGUUGAGAGCCGAGUCGUAGAGAGUAUGCCAACCGAGGAUACCAAUACAACAUUACAGGGUGAUCAAGGGGGUACAGUUGAGGAAAUCUCAUCAGAACAAAUUUUGGGCUCAGAUGAAAGCAAACCAGAUAAUCACAUUGAAGCUCCUGAGGUUGUUGAAGAGGAGGUUGUUGAAGAGGACAUACCAGUAGAGACAAGCAGAGUGAGUCCUACUGCUGAACCCGAAGAGACCACAUUUGUUAUAGAGGACUCACAAACAGACUCUUAGUUAGAGCCAUUCUACAUACAUGUAUGUCUUGUUGUGCUGCAAAUUAUUGUUUUUGAUCAGUCAUGUUUUUCCUGGAACACUUUACCCUUCAUCAUAACUUUACCCCUUGUAACUCCAUCAUAAUUAUAAUUAUUACUCGAAAAUUA